CUAGCUAAAAAUACUACCUUAAUGGACGCAACGGAAAAUUACUUAAUUAAAAUUAUCUGACAAACUGUCUUUCGUGAUGUUAACACUCAUCCUAACAAAGGUGACUUCGCUUUAAUAUAGGCUAGGCUACUCAAAUCAAUCGCACCUGUGUGACUGUUUGAAGGGUGAGAGACGAACAUUGAUGUGUGGGAGGAGUGUCUCUGAAAACAGAUCAAACUGCAAAUUGAUCCUGUUGAGAUCGUGAUAUUUAUGUCAAAAGAGUCUGUCACAAAACUUUUCACGUGAACGACGUUUUUACACACUGAUCGAAGACACCUGACUUCCUUUGUAUUGUUCUUACUGAAGACACUAUCCUGCCGGGAGGUGGGCUGAAAAAUAGGUUUCUGCCUAGUCUUCUUCAGAAGGACGACUUGAGGAGUUACUGUUGUCGGCAAGGUUGACAGGCUGAUGUGCGCCAUGAUGGAGAAUAUUGAGAUGAAACUUUUCGCCUCAUUUGGGUCAUCUUUACAUCACUGGACAAAAGAUAAGGACACCGAAGUUGUGCUGACUCAAACCAAACCAGAAGUGCCAUGUGAGGGCAAAAAGGCUGUGGGGGCUUUGGAUGAACUGGUGGCGAAAGAUGCCCCAGCAGUGAUGUAUGUGGAGGGAGAAGGAAGCCCACCAGUAAAUGACACAGGCCUGCCUGCUGAAGCCAUUGAGAUCGAAAUGGAGGUCUUGCACCCCUGUAAGGAUGACAUUAUGGGUGUUGAAUCUGGAGACCCCUCAGUUUUGUCCCCUGGUCCAGAGAAACCAUUGACACCCUGGGAUUGCAAAUCAAACAAACUCAAAUGGCGAAGGAUGGAGGUGAAGACUAUUGGCUUGGUGGUGAAGGACGUCAUCUGCCUCCCCUAUGAAACCUAUCUCAAGCAGGACGACCUAUACUAUGUCCCUCGUAACAAGGAGAGGGAGAUUCUUGCCUCCAUGGGGCUUGUAGCGAGAAUAACAAUCGAUUCCUCUUGGCUAACUGAGGAGAUGGAGGGUCGCCUGGCUUCACUUUUCAAGCACCGAUUCUGUAGGAGCCAUACAGAAAAAUUCCGGUUUACAUAUUUACAGUGUUUUCGUGGUUCCCGUGUGCUUUUUGAUCCAAGUGUACCAUGUCAAUCUUACACUGCACAGGAAGUUCUCAGGAUUUGUGAAAAUGGCUCUCUUUACAUCCUAAGUCAUCAUAAUGUAAUAAACACAGUGAAAGACAAGUUCUGGGACCCUUUGAAAGCCUGCUGUUGAUUUUCACCGCUGUUUUCAUCUGUGGAACCUACAGUACAGUAAGCAUGCAGCUGAGGACUCAUGGGCUGCAGUGCAUCCACUUCUCUCAAGGGACACGCUACUGCUUUUUAGAAUCUAUUUGAAAUCGUAUGAUGGAUGGGUUACAACACAACUGUGAGACCUGUUCCUUUUAAAACAAUAUGGGGUCUCUUUACAUUUUUGAUUCACUUAAAUCAUUGUAUUAACUAAUUUUUUUAUGAAUAAAUAUCUUUCUGUA